UAUUUCAUUGGGGGGUCAUUAGGUAGCCAUCGUGUUCCGGUACGAGUCUCUUGACCGAUGAAACUAGGGAAAGCUGUUUUGUUUGAUUAAAACAGCCUUUCUCACUCUGUUUUAAGUCAAAAGUUACAGCUGACUGAGUGUCCCUCUGCGCAUGGUGCCUGAUGGGCGGCUGGUCGCGAACUGCGGUGUUGGAGCUGUACAGAGCGCUGCUCCGGGCGGGACGCCACCUUCAGUACACGGACCGCAACUACUACCAGCGUGCCGUGUCCCGCGAGUUCCGCCGCUGCCAGGCCCUGUCCACGCCGCAGGACAGAGAGGAGGCACUGAAGAGGGGCCAGUUCUUCCUCAGCAGUCGCCUGGGAGGCCUGGUCUAGUGUCAUUGGGAGAACCACACACCUCCUAGACCGGGCUGUUCCAGACAUCCAGUGUUGGACUAGCAACAGCAGACAGAAUGGCUGGGGUCGGUGGCGAUCAGAAGGGGAAAAAAGACGACAAUGGGAUUGGCGGCGCCAUCGACUUUGUGCUGUCCAACGCCAAGCUGGUGCUGGGAGUCGGGGGGGCAGCUAUGCUGGGCAUCGCCACGCUGGCCGUCAAAAGGAUGUACGACCGAGCUAUAAGUGCUCCCACCAGCCCAACCAAGAUGGACCAAUCAGGUAAGAGGAGCUGGGAGGAGCCAAGCUGGUUGGGGUCGUCACCGCGGUUACUGAACUCCGACAUGAAGUCGACGGUCAGUCGGUCGCUGCAGACCCUGCCCACAUCCUCGAGCACCUUUGAACCAGGUAAGCUAAUCCGACAGCCUUUCCGCGGUACGGUGUUGGUGUGCCUUCCUCUCCUGUCUGAGGUUCAUAAUGCUGAGUAUAAGUUGCUUUUGUCCCUGUUGGUGAAAGUGUCCAUAAACUACAGUAACCGGCGGGGGGAUGCCGGGGGGGGUCGGGCACCCGGCGGGGGGAUGCCAGGGGGGGUUUGCUUGUCUCUCUCUGUAGCCUGUCGUUUUAAGAUCCCCAUGAAUGACACCCUUGUGCUUCAGGUGGUGACCGCUGACCAUGCACAGCUGAUGGUCCCCUUGGUCCUUGAGAAGAACCUGUGGUCUCCGGUCCCGGGGGAAGAUACCAUCAUGAAUGUGCCUGGCUUCUGGCUGGUCCGCCGGGAGAACCUGGAGUACUUCCCCCGGGGUAGCAGCUAUUGGGACCGCUGUGUCGUCGGGGGCUACCUGUCCCCUAAGGCCGUGCUGGAGACGUUCGAGAAGCUGGUGGCAGGCUCCAUCAACUGGCCGGCCAUCGGCAGCGUGCUGGACUACGUCAUCCGGCCGGUGGUGCCCACGGAGACGCUGAGCCUCGAGGUGCAGUACGAGACCGACCGUCGGCUCUAUGUGGACUUCCUGCCCUUGCUUGCCAUGGAGGACGGCGUCUCGCUCAUCGCCAAGCCGCACCGCUGGGUCGAGCGCCACGAGAACCUGUGGCGGCAGAGCUUCCGGGCGGCGGAGACGGCCAAGCUGCGUGCCCUCGACCAGGAGGAUGCCGGCUGCCGCUGCCUGUGCCUCAAGGUGGCCAAGGCUGUGUGCCGGCUGAACCCGGCCCUGUGCCGCCUCUCGUCUAGCCAGCUGACCAACGCGCUACUGCUGCUCAGCGAGGCUGACGGCGACUGGACUCAGGAUGCGCUGGCCGACCGCUUCCUGGAGCUGCUGCGCGCAUUAGUGGGACACCUAGAGGCUGGGAGGCUACCCUGUGCCCUCAAUCCCAAGGUCAACCUCUUCUGCGAGCUGACUCCUGAGGAGGUGGACGAGUUGGGCUACACGCUCUACUGCGCUUUGUCCAGCCCCGAGGCCCUGCUGAGGACCACUUAAGAUGGGGCCGCCGUGAGCCAGCAACAAGCCGACUGCCGUUUCCUGCGUACGGCCUUGUGACGGCCACCUCCCUGUGGCCUCACACCCUGACCCAACAGCGCCGUGUGGUAAUGCGUCUCACUCUUCGGUUUCCUUUGCUCUCAGUCCCUUGACUCUUUUGUUAGUCUUCCGUUGGCAAGAUGAAGAUCCUCUCUCAGCCCCUCUGCCGAGUCGUGUGAUUGGCUGCUCCGCUGGGAUUACACACCCAACCAAUAAAAUCAAAAAUAUGAAUGAUUUUCACUUUAUUCUGUUUGGAUUUUCCUCCUUUAUGCCUAGGAUCCUUUUCUCCAUCCUCCUCCUGCAACAAGGAGAUAGGAUGAUGUUUCACUCGUGAACUAGCAGGACUUUAAGACUCAGGGCGUCGUGUUCUGAAGGCCCCCAUUGCAGAGGGGAGGUCAGGAGAGUAAAGCCAUGUAUCCACAAUCCGUCACCUGGGCCCCCUUGCAGAGCCAGGUCAGACAUGCACAGAAAUGACAUGUCUGGGCGUGUCUGUGCCCUGCGAGUUUGCGUCUUCGAUUUCCUAGGUUUCCACACGAUCACCGACCCGUGUUGCAAAACAGUGGCUGUGUUUGUUUUCAGUAUGUGCCGAUAACAGUGUUUCCCUCUGCUGUUUGAGUCUCGCUGGGUGUCACGUUCCCGUAUAUCUUGACAACGCGUUGCUGAUGAAGCUUGACAACUGGACAAAAGAAACCGCAAAGCUGAUAGAGGUGUGAGUAGAGGUGUGAGUAGAGGUGUGAGUAGAGGUGUGAGUAGAGGGACGAUCGUUUUACCUGAGGCUGGCUACGGUGUGUUUUUUUUCUUUUCUUUUUUUGUUUGAACAGAAUCAGAAUUUAUUUUAAAACCAAAUAGACCAUGGAGAUUUGAGUGAGAAUCAUCUCUUUGGUGGGGUGGGUGUUUCAGGAAGAAACAAGGUGUUUGCGUGUGUGUGUGUGUGUGCGUGUGUGUGUGUGUGUGUGCGCGCGUGUGUGUGCGCGCGUGUGUGUGCGCGCGUGUGUGUGCGCGCGUGUGUGUGUGAGUGCGUGUGUGUGUGUGUGCGCGUGCAUGACUCUAAUGAAGGGAGAUAAGGAGACGGAGGAUGUUUGUGGUCAGCGGUGAGAUUCUGCACUUGAUUAACGGAGAUUCGGCCCGGCCCGCUGUGCUUGCUGUAAGACCUUCAUCAUCUUCCUCUUUGCACGCUGGCCUCUUGUUUUCUGAACCUCUGUUGACCACUGUGUCUCAUCCUUUCACUAAAGCAGUAUGAGAGCUUUUUAUUUACUUUUUAUGGUGACUUUUCUGGCAAGUGAUGAAAUUUAAUAAAGAAGUGUACAAUAUAUCUGUAGACUCUACUAUUUUUCUAUUUAUUGUAUGGAUGUAGCCAGUAUGUCACUAACGCUACCAUGUGGAACUGCGUCACGGGGAAAUUUGCACAAACGUGGACAUGUUGAGAACUUGUGUCCUAUGCAGACUUUCUGCUUUUGACUCAUUCUGAUGUGUUUUUGGCAGAGCUCAGGCCCCUCUAGGUCACGUGACCCUCUGCAUGCCUUUUAUCUGAAGCCUCUUACUGAAGCCCCAAUUCGUUAAUGUCGGUCAGAACAGCUCUUUGGGUUGCCGAUCUGUAGAGGGCGGUGGCUUCUGUUUGUCCAGCUAGGACUCUGGUAGUUUUGAUGACUGCAUGAGACGUGUGUUUUGGUUAAAUGGUCACAUCCUACUAGCUUCCAGGAAGCCCCAGAGCAGAGAUAAGGGUCACAUGCCAGACUUGCACCAGCCCUUAAAUCUUAGCCUUGUUUUUGUCCUCUAACCUGAAAAUAAAGGUGCUCUUAUGCUGUAGUUUUAAAUAAUAUGUAUAUAUUUUUUGCCAAAAACCUGGUCAGCCCACAGAUGCUUGCAGUAUGGUUAAACAAUAACUGUGUUUCUUCAUCUGGUUUUUGGUAACUAUACAACAGUCUGUUUUGUUCCAUGAAUGGUCUUUUGAGAGCGGACCCUAACUGUUCUUUGUUUUGCGUUUUCUGUCGAUUGACGCAGAAAGUCACCUGCCCCGGUCAAAUGAGAGCCCUGAGCUGUGACAAUCUCAGACGUGCCUGUCAUGGGACCCCUACGGCAGACAGGAGUGAUUGUGUGAAACACAAACACAGGGAAGCAUGGUUCUUCGUAACCUCGGCCUGCUCUGGGCCUGCAGACUUAGUUUCCAUGGUUAUAGGUUCCUGUCCACAUCGGGCCGCCGUGUACAGGAAGUACAUGUUUCAAAAGAGCCAUGGAUUGUGUUCUGUUUUUCUGUGCUUUAUUAAAGGAGAUCAAGUCGG